AUGACAUUAGGGUAACGUCCUCGCUGGACCUGCCCAGAAGGAUUGCAGAAAUUGCUGCGAUUUCUCCUUUCCCUGGGAACUCUGUUGGAAGUAGAGAUUUCACUCCGCGGGGUUAUUCCUAGGAGAAGCCGCCCAAGCCGGACACCCUACCGGCCCUAAAGCUCGUCUCAGCUCACCUCUCCUGGGAUUCCACUUAACUGAAACAGAUUCAACAAGGGGUCUGAGACUGGAAGGAGAAUGCUCCGAGGCCGAUCUUUGUCUGUGACUUCCCUGAGCGGGUUCCCUCAGUGGGAAGCUGACAAACUUCCUGUGGAGGAUUUGCUGCUGUUUGAAGUUUCUUGGGAGGUGACCAAUAAAGUUGGAGGGAUCUGUACUGUGAUUCAGACAAAGGCCAAGACAACAGCAGAUGAGUGGGGUGAAAACUACUUUCUGAUAGGCCCAUAUUUUGAGCACAAUAUGAAGACACAGGUGGAGCCGUGUGAACCAUUGAACGACGCUGUCCGACGAGCGAUGGACGCCAUGAAUAAGCAUGGCUGCCAGGUGCGUUUCGGAAGGUGGCUGAUAGAAGGGAGUCCCUACGUGGUCCUCUUUGACAUCGGCUACUCCGCCUGGAACCUGGACAGAUGGAAGGGCGACUUCUGGGAAGCGUGCAGUGUUGGGAUCCCCUACCACGACCGGGAAGCCAAUGACAUGCUCAUUUUCGGGUCUUUAACUGCCUGGUUCCUAAAAGAGGUGACGGAUCAUGCAGAAGGUCGGCACGUUAUUGCCCAUUUCCAUGAAUGGCAGGCUGGAACUGGGCUGAUUCUUUCUCGAGCCCGGAAACUCCCCAUUGCCACAAUAUUCACGACCCAUGCCACACUACUUGGGAGGUAUCUGUGUGCAGCAAAUGCCGAUUUCUACAACCACCUGGAUAAGUUUAACAUUGACAAAGAGGCCGGGGAAAGGCAGAUUUACCACCGCUACUGCAUGGAGCGGGCGUCUGUUCAUUGUGCUCAUGUGUUCACCACAGUUUCUGAAAUAACAGCAAUCGAGGCAGAACAUAUGCUGAAGAGAAAGCCUGAUGUAAUUACUCCAAAUGGCUUGAAUGUGAAGAAGUUUUCAGCAGUGCAUGAGUUUCAAAAUCUGCAUGCCAUGUACAAGGCCAGGAUCCAAGAUUUUGUUCGAGGUCAUUUCUAUGGUCAUCUUGACUUUGAUUUGGAAAAGACGUUAUUCCUUUUCAUUGCGGGGAGGUAUGAGUUUUCAAACAAAGGAGCUGACAUCUUCCUAGAAUCCUUAUCCAGACUAAACUUUUUGCUGAGGAUGCAUAAAAGCAAUGUCACCGUGGUGGUGUUUUUCAUUAUGCCGGCCAAGACAAACAAUUUCAACGUGGAAACCCUCAAAGGACAAGCCGUGCGGAAGCAGUUAUGGGACACUGUACAUUCAAUGAAGGAAAAGUUUGGAAAGAAACUCUAUGAUGCAUUGUUAAGAGGAGAAAUUCCUGACAUGAAUAAUAUUUUGGAUCGAGAUGACCUUACAAUUAUGAAAAGAGCCAUCUUUUCAACUCAGCGACAGUCUCUGCCGCCGGUGACAACUCACAACAUGAUCGAUGACUCCACAGAUCCCAUCCUCAGCACCAUUAGACGGCUCGGGCUUUUCAACAGCCGUUCCGACAGAGUCAAGAUAAUUUUGCACCCAGAGUUUCUGUCCUCCACCAGCCCUCUAUUGCCCAUGGAUUACGAGGAGUUCGUCAGAGGUUGUCAUCUUGGUGUGUUUCCAUCAUACUAUGAACCCUGGGGCUACACUCCAGCUGAAUGCACCGUGAUGGGGAUCCCCAGUGUGACCACAAACCUCUCGGGCUUUGGUUGUUUCAUGCAGGAGCAUGUGGCUGAUCCAACUGCUUACGGUAUUUACAUUGUUGAUAGGCGGUUCUGCUCUCCAGAUGAUUCUUGCAAUCAGCUGACUCAGUUUCUUUAUGGAUUUUGCAAACAAUCACGCCGCCAAAGAAUCAUCCAGAGGAAUAGAACGGAGAGACUCUCGGAUCUUCUGGACUGGAGAUACUUAGGCAGAUUUUACCAGCAUGCCAGGCAUCUGACUUUAAGCAGAGCUUUUCCAGACAAUUUCCACGUUGAACCCAUGUCACUACCAACGACAGAUGGAUUUAAGUACCCCAGGCCCUCCUCAGUACCACCCUCUCCGUUGGGGUCUCAGGCCUCCAGUCCUCAGAGCAGCGAUGUUGAAGAUGAAAAUGAAGAUGAGCGAUACGAUGAGGAAGAGGAGGCUGAAAGGGAUCGGUUAAAUAUUAAGACUCCCUUUUCUCUGAGCCAUGUUCCUCAUGGGAAGAAAAAGUUGCAUGGUGAAUACAAGAACUGAAUUCCAUUCUUGCUGAGUGGAGCUGAUUUAGUAAGAACACACUCAGAGUGAUUAUUUAACAGAAUGAAAAUACCACAUUUCAUUCCAUUUUCUUCCUGGUAUUGCAAAGGAAUUUAUUCUCUGCCUAGAAAGUAGGGAGUAAGUGAAUGGCAAUUUUGGAAUUUAGAAUAAAAUCCAAGUUAUUAUUCCUCUUGUUUCCUCUUUAAAUUUAGGCACAAGGAGGAAUGUUAAGGGGACAAGACUGGAAGUUUUUAAAAAUCGUUAAUUUAAGCAAUGCAAAUAUUCUUUUAGGAGUCAAUUCUUUUUUCAGUUCUGAGCAUGGAACUCACAGCCUUCACACAGAGCUACAUCCCUAGGC